GCACUUUGCGACGGCUUGGUCUUUGGCUGAUUUUAAAUAGUUUGACGCCUUGGCUCUAGCAAAACCUGCGAAACGUUCGACCUUUGAAGCCCAGCGAACCCAUGGCUGAAGAGGGCAUGUCAGCGGAGGAGGCCGAACGACUGAAGAGGCUGCUGAGCGCCGAGGACGACGAAGAAGAACUCGACUAUGCGGAGCCGGCGCCAGCGCCGGGUCCAGCGCCCGCAGCGCCGGAGCCGCCCGCGCCCGCGGCGCCGGCCGCGCCGGAGAGCCAGGUCGAGGCCGAUGCCGCGCUCGCCCGUAAGCUGGCGACCGCGACGGAGGGCGACGAGGCGCUCGCGCGCGCCAUCCAGGCGUCGCUCGCCGACGCGGCGCCGCCGGCACCGGCCGAGGACUCGGCCGCGGCGGGCGAGGCCGAGUGGGCGCGGCAGCUCGCGGCGCUAGAGGCCGAGAAGGCGGCGCCGCCGCCGCCAACGAAGCCUGCCACGCCGCCGCCGCCGCCGCCGGCGAACACGACCUGCUUCGUGGCCGUCGUGGGCUUCGACCACGCGCGCGGCAACGUGCUGGAAUGGGCCUUCCCCGGCGCCGAGGCCGCGUGGAGCGAGAGCCUGCCGUUCGCGGCGCUGCCCGAUGGUGCUCAUCAUGUUGCUGCGGGCAAGGGCGAGGUGUGUAGGUUCGCAGUAGUUCGAGAAGACAAGACGCGGCUCUACGGCUGCUCCUGCGUCAUGCAGGCCGCGCCCGACGAAUUAACAGGCAGAGCAAAAGCCCAGGCGACGCGGUCGCGCGUCCAGAAGGCCGUCUGCGUUUUACAUACUUCGAGAGACGUGGCCUGGUCGGCGCGGCUCGGGUCGAGGAUCGAGGCCUGCGCCGCGGCGCUGUUCGCCGGCGGCGACCUUGAUGAUCGCGGUUUGUUGCGCGACUUCCAUUCGUCAGUAAGGGAGAUGAAGGCAGGUGAGCCGGCGACGCACUUGUUCGAUGCUUGUGCUCGUUUAGGCUUCGCCGGGGCGCUGCGGUGCGUGAAGGCCCUUGCUUUAGGCCACGCCCUAACUUUUGUGCACGCGAAGUCGGUCUGCGCCGCGCCGGACGCGGCUCUAGCUUUCGCGGACGUGUUGUAUGCGUUCGACGAAGACAAUGAGAGUGUAGAUAGUGUCGCGGUCUUUGGAAGGGAGCUCUCCACGCAAAUGAGAAUCGAGCCCGCGGUGGCGUUGAUGGAUCUGGACCGCGUGGUUUCCGAAGGCGACGAGUUCCAGGUCGUCGCGGGCACGGCGAACGCUCAUUUAGCGGAAGCGGGCCUCGGGCCGCGCCUCGCGCCGUGCGUCGUCGCGCGACUGGAAGCGGACGCGCCCAAGGCGUCGCGGGUGCGGGCCUUCGGGCCCUCGCAGUACGCGGCGGGCGCCGUCUGUAGAUUGACGCCCGUCGAGGAGGCGCUGGCCGCGGAGUUGGAUGAAAGGGCCGCGAAGGUCUUUCAACGGGGCGACGGCGAGGGUUUUAGGGAUGACGACCAGUGGGCGAAGCACGCGCUGCGGGCGCAUUUGCGGGAUGUGUUGGAUCGCCUCGCUGCCUGUCCACUGGUGCCGGGGCCCGAGGAGGGGGAUGUGGUGGCGGAUAGGGAAUUUGCCGGCGACCUCGCGCGGCGCCACGGCGGGCCCUUCGUGGCGGCGUUCCUGGACACGGCGCCGGCGGUGCGCUUUUUAGCCCAACGGAACCCGGCGCUCGCCGACUGGCUGGCCGUGGCCGACGCGCCGACGCUCGCGCGGUCCUUCGACCCGUCGCUCGCGGACCGUAUUGGGUUUGCGCGCUUGCACGUGCGCGAGGCGACCAAGGACCUGACCGUCGACGACGCGCUGGCCAGCGGCCAGAAGGCCCUGACGAACGUCGCGGCUCAAUUGACCAAUGUUGGUGCAGGCCUCCAAGAGCGCUUCCCGCGCACGGCCGGGGCCUUCCGCGGCGGCGACGCCGGCGCGGCGGCGGCAGCAGGCGUCGGGCCCGACCUCGCCCCGGACGGCGCCGCGGCCGCCGCGGCCUUCGCCCAGCCGACGCCCGCGGCUUCGCCGCCGCCGCCGCCGCCGUCCGGGAGCCCGAGCGCCGCGGGCCGCGUCGCCUCGCUGUGGCGGGAUCGGCUCUCGGUGAUCACCGAAAAGGCAACGUCGGCCGUCCAGGAGAUCGCCGCCUCGGACCAGGUCAAGGGCGCGCGGACGCAGCUCGGCGACUUCUUCCGCCGGAGCUCCUCGACGGCCAGCGGGGGUUCGCCACGCACGCCUCCGUCGGGCGGCGAGGGCUCUUCGGCCGCGCCGGGCGGCGGCGGCGAGCGCAGCAGCGCCGAGGUGUGA